UACACAGCACAUGUUUGGGCAUGUAUCAUAAUACCAGUCUAUCAUGGCACUUGUUUAUAGAAUUACUACAAACUUGUAUACAUUAUUAAAUAGUAAUUAUUGGAAGUAUUCAGUAAUGGUAACGAGGCUGAAAUCAACGAAACAUUCCGUUGAAAAACCAGAAACAAAAGAUAACUUAGAUUCAAGUGAAAUGGAAGACAAUUUUUCCAAGGUACAUAAGUUUAGACAAUCUCAAGCGCAUAAAAGUGUUCUACUGCAGCUAAAAGAAUUUAAGCAAAUCGGUCAGUGUCAACAAUUUUUGGAGUCAUUUGGAAAAUUGGAAAGUAUAUUUCACUAUACCACAAAAUUGGAAAAUCCAAAUAUGAUAUUAGCGGAAUAUUGUACAAUCAAUUCAGUGAGGAACUUAUUACGACAAGCAACGUAUAAGAAUAUAACUGAGUAUAUUCCUAUACCUACGAAAAUACUACAAUAUCACGAAAUAGAUUUAUCAAACGUAAAUAACAAUAUCACUUUUCAAAAGUAUAGUCAUCACUAUCCUACCUGGGUCUCUACAAGAAUUACUCUAUUACGUCCAAAAUAUAUAUCAGAUCAAAUGUUAUCACUGUAUAAUACAUUGAAAUUGACAGACAUUGACAUAAGAUUGAGAUACUACACUGUGAAUCAAUUAAAUUUUGCCUUGUGUAAAUUAUUCCCAACCAUUUCUGUCUUACCAUUUGGUUCAUCUGUAUCUGGUUUUGGAGAGAUGGGAUGUGACUUGGACUUAGUAUGUACAUUCAGCCACGAUUCAAAGAUUCAAAAAGAUCAUGACAGCAAAUUAAUAUUUUCUUCAAAACCAUUUUGUCUUGUUGAAAGAUUUGACCAACGAGAAUUUCUGAGACAAUUGAGUGUAUUGCUGGACAAAUUUAUUCCUGGUGUAUCUAAUGUGCAAUGCGUUCUCCAAGCUCGUGUCCCCAUUGUUAAAUUCCGGUUUGGUCCCACAAGCAUGCAAUGCGACCUCAGUACCAACAACUUAUCUGGUUUCUACAUGUCUCAAAUGUUCUAUAAUCUUGCAAACAUAGACUACAGGAUUAGGCCACUGAUAUUCACCAUUCGCAAAUGGGCAAGAUCUCAUGGUGUAACGAGUAACAUACCUGGUUCUAAGAUAACAAAUUUCUCUUUGACGCUAUUGAUAGUGCACUAUUUACAACAUAUAAAGAUGGUGCCUCCUUUGCGUAAAAUUUUGUUAUCAUCAGGAAUGCCGAUAUGGAAUCACAAUACAAAAAAUGUAAUGAAAAUGGAAAAACUCCUGUACGGUUUUUUUGAGUAUUAUGCUACCUUCGACUUCCACAUGCAUGCCAUAUGCGUCCUAGACGGAUAUGUCAAACAGAAACCAGACGUGACACCUCUUUAUAUUCAUAAUCCUUUGGACACUACGUUGAAUGUUAGCAGAAACAUCACUAUUUACGAGUUGAAGAUAUUCAUUGAAGCAGUUCUAGAUGCAAUAAAAAUAUGGAACAAUAGCAAAGUCGUUCACAUUUUAGAUCUAGUAGAUGAACCUUGUUCGAAGGAUGCGAAGAAAGAGCAUUAUGAAAUAAGGAUGAGAAAACUCGAUGAAAACAAGCCUGAAAUACUGGAAAAGAUAUUAAAAGACGAUGCGGCUGAGGCCAUCAAACUAGAUCAGACCGAUAAAAUGCAAGAAAUAAUAAAAUAAUAACAAAUUGAACUGUUGAAUUUUCUACGAUCUGCCUGUUUCUGCAUUUAAGUAUGAUGAUUUCCUUCCCGUUGUGUUGUAUAUUGAGGCUUCACAGAUGGCAACUCGUCAAGACUCUGUAGAUAGUAUUUUAGACGAAUUUUUAUUCAGCAAAACAUUUACGACUUUGUUAUGGAUAAUUUUCAAAUAAAAUCGACCCAGAUAUCAGGGAACAAAUUCAAAGA